AUGGCUCCGAGCGUGCUCUUGGGCUUGCCUGGCCCAUGGGCCAAGGACGAUCGUGAGCCGUCCGAUCACUAUACGACCAAGAUCGGCGGCUUACCUGACUGGCCCCCUUGGGCGGAUCACCCGCCACCGCAUCUGCUGCACUGCGCGCUCUGCCAUGGGCCACUCUCCCUCGUGCUGCAGGUGGGUGCCAGUGCGCCCUAUGCAGAUUAUCGUUCUGCCUCUGCUCCCUAUCCCCCUUCUCCGCCCCUCCCUCUCCACUCUCCUCCCCCCUUCCUCCCCUCCUCCUCUACGCAUUUGGCUUCCACUCACCCCACGCACUCGUCUGGUUCCUCCACUUCUUUUUGUCUUGCCAUGUUAACAUUAUCCGCCGGUGCCUAUGCCCCGCUCUCCCUUCCCGCAGCAGCAGACAGUGCAGCAGCAGGGGUGACACGUGGCAGCCUGCAAGUGGAGGAGCGGGUGCUGUACAUGUUUGCAUGCGCCAAUGGGGGAAGAGAGGGGGAGAAGGAAGAAAGCGGGGGAACGGGGGGGGAUGCUGCCUCCGCCCUCCCCCCAUUUGGGGACCUCUCCUCUGUGUUUGGGGACGUGGUGGUGGGGGGAAGCGCGGGCGCAGGGCCGGAUGGGGAGGUGGGGGAGGUGGCGGAGGAACUGGGGGGGAUGGAGCUGGGGGAGGAAGGCGGAGAGCGAGGGGGGCAAGGGGAUGGGCAGGAGGAAAGGGGCGAGACGGGGAAGGAAGAGGUGCAAGGUGGGGUGACGGGGCAGGGAGAAGCGGUGGAGAUGUGUGGAGUGGGGAGAGGGGAGGCAGGGGGAGGAGGGGGAAGGAGAGGGCCAUGUGCAGCUCAGGCUCAAGGGUGGCGGAUCAUCCGCCUGCAGCAGCUUCCCUCCCAGCAACCGCCGCCACCACCAGAACAAACGGCACGAGCAGCAGCAGCAGCAGCAGCAGCAGCAGCAGCAGCAGCAGCAGCAGCAGCAGCAGCAGCAGCAGCAGCAGCAGCAGCAGCAGCAGCAGCAGUGGCAGCGUCAUCAUGGGGGGAUGCAAGUUCGUGGGAUGCAUGCAGCACAGCAACAGGAGACAGCUGGGGGCUCACACCCCCACCCUCAGAUGCUUCAGGUGCCCCUUCAGGUGUCACUUCAGGUGUCACUUCCACAUCAGGUUCGGAGUGGGGUGUAGCAGCAGGAGGAGAGUGGGGCACUGGCACCGGAGCAUGUGACAGUAACGAGUUGGGGUCCCCAGUGGUAACCCCCCCGCUUGCAUCUCUUGAUGCUCUCUCGGCGUCCCUCAGUGCUGCCGCUGCCAAGGCUGCUGCUGGCACUGCUGGGGAGUCCAAUGCAGUGGGGAAGAAGGAUAAGAAGGCAGCUGUAGGCAGGGAAGCAUCGGCAGGAGGAGCAGCAGGAGCACAGGUGGCAUGCUCAAAUCUGGGUGCUCUGCGGGUGCUACCAUGCUUCUACGUGUUUUCGGAGGAAGAGGAGGCGACAGGCAGAGGCAGAAGCAGGGCAGCAGCAUCAGCGGCAGCGGUGCCUGGCUCAAGAGAUGGGGCGGAUGGGGUGGCAGCGAUGCAGGUGGAGGGGGGUGCGGGGGAGGGCGAGAAGUGGGAGGGGGAGGGGUAUGAGUACGACCAGGCGCGCACCGUGGGGCGCCCGUACCUGCGCUUCAAGAAGCGCCUCGACAAGCAGCCCCAGCAGUGUGUCAGGUACCGCUUCAACGGCCACCCCAUCUGGCCCUGCGCUCCGCCGCCCCUCCUCCCAGAGGCAUCCCGAGCCUGCCCUCUGUGCCACGCCCCCCGCGUGUUUGAGUUACAGCUCAUGCCGCCGCUGCUCUUCUACCUGCUGGAGGCUCUCAGGGAGCGGCAGGAAGGGGAGGGUGAGGGCAGUGGGCAGGGUGACGGGGGAAGGAGGGAGGUGGGGUAUGGGGAGGUGGCGGAGUGGGAGUGGAUGACUGUUGCUGGCUUCACUUGCUCGCAGGCCUGUGGCACAACUGACCUGGUCAGUGCGCCAGAAAGGGACGGGAAUAAUUCGCCAUGGCUGAUAGCAGAAGAAGCGAUUGUGUUGGUCAACGACCAGUAG